AUGGUAGAAGAAGGUAUAGUGCUUGGGCACAAGAUUUCAAAUAAAGGCAUUGAGGUGGAUAAGGCAAAAAUAGAAGUUAUUGAGAAACUUCCACCUCCGGUGAAUGUCAAGGGUGUGAGAUCGUUCCUUGGUCAUGCGGGUUUCUAUAGAAGAUUCAUCAAGGAUUUUUCACUUAUUUCUAAGCCCCUAAAUGACCUUCUUCAAAAGGAUGUUCAGUUCAUUUUUGAUGACAAAUGCUUGAAGGCAUUUGAUAAAUUGAAGAAGGCCCUUAUCUCCACUCAUAUUGUUCAAGCCCCAAGGUGGGAUCUUCCUUUUGAAUUGAUGUGUGAUGCAAGUGAUUGGGCUAUUGGAGGUGUUUUGGGAAAACGUGUAGAAAAGAAGCUUCAUGUGAUCUAUUAUAUGUCCAAGACACUCAAUGGGGCUCAAAAGAACUACACAACAAUUGAAAAAGAAUUUUUAGCAAUUGUGCACUCUUUUGAGAAAUUCUGUUGUUACUUGUUGAAUUCCAGGACCAUAGUCUUCACGGACCACGCGGCCCUCAAGUAUCUCUUUGCCAAGAAAGAGUCCAAGCCUAGGUUGAUUCGAUGGGUGCUUGAAUUGCAAACUUUUGAGAUUGAGAUUAGGGAUAAGAAGGGUGCGGAGAAUGUUGUGGCGGACCAUCUUUCUCGCCUUGAGGGUGAUCACAUUCAUGAUGAUGGUUCACCAAUUGAGGAUAGAAUGCUUGAUGACUUCUUAUAUGCCAUAGAGGUGAAGGAACUCCCAUGGUUUGGCGUGCCUAAGGCUGUGAUAAGCGAUAACGGAUCUCAUUUUGUUCACAAUGCUUUCCAAAAGAUGUUGAGGAAACAUGGAGUGCAUCAACGAUUCGGCCUUCCAUAUCAUCCUCAAUUGAGUGGCCAAGUCGAGGUCUCCAAUCGUCAAAUAAAGCUCAUUCUUGAGAAGACGGUUGCAAGGAAUAGAAAGGAUUGGUCGAACAAGUUAGAUGAUGCUCUUUGGGCUUAUAGAAUGGCUUUUAAGACGCCUAUAGGUACCACUCCAUAUCGCCUUAUCUAUGGCAAAUCGUGUCAUCUCCCGGUAGAGCUUGAACAUCGUGCCUUAUGGGCUAUCAAGAAGAUAAAUUUUAACUUAGCUAGUGCGGGGGAGAAGAGGUGGUUGGAUCUUCAUGAGCUAGAGGAACUUCGACUUGAUGCUUACGAUUGUGCUAGCUCCUACAGGGCUCGCUCCAAAGAGGUUCAUGACAAGUUGAUUGAGAAAAAGGAGUUUUGUGUCAAGCAUUAUCAUCGCUUGUUGAAAAACAAAGGGGUUAGAAGAAAAGUUAAGAGUGCUGGGGAGAGGGCUCCCCGAGGGCAAGGAGAGACCUCGGGGGAAAUUUCUCUUCUUGAGGCAAAUUUAUAA